AUGGAGCAUCAACUUCAAUUUUUACCCAAAGACUCUGUUGAAAUAGACUACGAGGCGUUGCCUGAUGAUGCUUCAUUAGCUGCACAUUUAACAGCCGGUGCAUUGGCUGGUAUAAUGGAACACACAGUGAUGUUCCCCAUCGAUUCCAUCAAGACAAGAAUGCAAAUGAAUCUUUCAAACUCGGAAAUAUCACGGGGUUUGUUGAAGUCAUUAUCUAAGAUCAGCUCUACCGAAGGGUUUUAUGCAUUGUGGAAAGGGGUGUCUUCCGUGGUAUUGGGCGCAGGUCCAGCUCAUGCUAUAUAUUUUUCAGUAUUCGAAUCGACUAAAACGUUUUUGGUUAAUAGGUUAACCAACUCGCCACAUCUGAACAGGAUUGUCACUGAUGAAAAUCACCCUCUUAUUGCAAGUUGUGCUGGUAUAACGGGUACUACAGCCUCGGAUGCUUUAAUGACCCCAUUUGACAUGUUAAAACAAAGGAUGCAAGCAAAUGCUGCUUAUCAGGAUGGUAAAUCAACAUCGGUGAGAUUGUUCAAAUUAGCAUCAGAUAUAUAUAAAGCUGAAGGGUUGAGUGCGUUUUAUAUUUCAUAUCCAACGACUCUUUUAACUAAUAUUCCAUUUGCUGCCUUGAAUUUUGGAUUCUACGAGUACUCGUCGUCAUUAUUGAAUCCAUCUCAUGUUUAUAAUCCAUACUUGCAUUGUGUUAGUGGUGGGAUUGCUGGUGGUAUAGCUGCAGCAUUGACUACGCCGUUUGAUUGUAUCAAAACUGUGUUACAAACAAAAGGAAUAUCACAAAAUAAGAAUUUUAGGCAUGUCACCGGUUUCAAAUCUGCUGCUAUUGCCUUAUUGAAACAGGAAGGUGCCAAAGCGUUUUGGAAAGGUUUAAAACCCAGAGUCAUAUUCAAUAUUCCGAGUACAGCUAUAUCGUGGACAGCAUACGAAAUGUGCAAAGAAGUUUUGAUCAGAGGGAAAGGAUUAUAA